AUGAUUUGUUUCCUGACUUUACUUUCUGUGGUAGUUAAGGUAACCCAGAACUUCAAAAUCAGCUUUUCGUCUGACAAAAGAAUGGCCUUCUCCCUGUGGCAUAAACUAAUUUUCGCACUUGUUAUUAUCGCCGCAGUUAUAAUUGGACAACUAAUAGUUAACAGAACUUGCAGUUUCCAGGUAGCGGCGGUUGUAUUUAGGAUACAAAUGAUUGGACUCAUUCAGACAGGGAUGUUUUUGUUGUCACGCUUGAUUAUCUGGAGGACGUUUGUGCCACUUGUUCGUCAGCUGUCACCUCAGUGUUCUACAAGUGCAAUUCAUCAGAAUGAUUCAGAGUUUAGUCGAAGUCAGUUGCGCAAAGUCAAGAACUCUGAUCUUAAUCUUUCUGCUAUGAACAAAGAUGAAGCAGAUCAUGUCAGUGUGACAAUAGGAAAAGCGGUGUUGUUUAUCUAUUUAUGUAUGUGUCAUGUUAGCUAUCUCACAAAUUUAUUUCUUAUCCACACUGACCCCCACUGGAUCAGCAUGCUAACAUACGCCAGCUUUGGUUCAUAUAUUCAGUUGCUGACAGGCUUGGGCAUGUUUAAACUAUUGUCUUUGGGAAUUUGUGCGUGCCAGAAGCUUAGGAGCUCGUCAAAUCCUUGGGUUUUAUCCUACAGACAUAUCACGGCACUUGCCUUAGUGUAUGCGAUUGCUGCUUCCACUGUUGGGUUGUAUACAGCAUCACAGCCUCCAGCAGUGAAACAUGUUACAGUUAAGUUAAAGGAUUUGCCUUCACGUCUGGACGGACUAAGUAUAGUCCAGCUGAGUGAUAUACAUUUGGGACCCACUGUUGGAAAGUCAAAGUUGACCAAAAUAGUAGAGAUUGUAAACACAGAGAAGCCAGACAUUGUGGUUGUCACUGGUGAUUUAGUUGAUUCAUCCGUGGAACACCUCAGAGGAGCAGCAGAGCCACUCAAGGACAUUCAUUCGUUAUAUGGCAAAUUCUUUGUCACAGGCAACCAUGAAUACUACACUGGUGAUGUGGACAACUGGUUCGUUUAUCUGCGGUCUCUUGGCUUCACUAUCCUGCACAACAGCAAUGUGAGAAUCCCUUCUGCUGAUGGCCACAGCCACAUUUGCUUGGCUGGAACUGAUGAUAUCCAGGCGGACAGAACAAGAUAUGAUGGCCACAAGUUUGACUUGGACAAAGCUGUCAGCUCAUGCAGUAGUGAUAAACCAGUCAUUCUGUUGGCACAUCAGCCACAUGCUGCAAAGAUGGCUCUUGACUCCAAGUACCGCAUUGACCUAGUUUUAUCUGGUCAUACUCAUGGAGGUCAAAUGUUCCCAAUGAUUAUCGGGGCUUAUUUUCUGAAUCCAUUUUAUGUUGGUUUGUAUCAGUAUGGUAACAGAGGCAGCCAAGUGUAUGUGUCACCAGGGACUCAGUACUGGGGCAUUCCCAUGAGAAUCGCCACAUCAAUGGAAAUUACUAGAAUUACCUUGCACAAGGCCAUCUAA